AUGUGGAUCGAUCAUCUGAAGAAGAACGACCAGAACAUGUCGAAACAUUUCGACCCAAGGCUCAUCGUGAUGUACAGAAGCCAAGAAAUCGUCGAAUUUAUUGAUGACGAGUGUGGGGACAAUCUGGAUACACCUCGCUUGCGCGCCGAGAUGUUCAAAGCCGCCGUCUACUCCAAAGACAUCGACGGAAUACAGCGUGCAAUCGACCGGGGUGGGGUUGAUAUUAACAAACUAGUGGGUUGCGAUGACCUCGCCCCACUGGAUAUACUAGUUGAUAUCCCAAGGUCAAUUGACCAGGAGGCCGAGCGUCAACUGCAAAUCAGUGCCCGAACUGUCGAGGUUCUUCUUAAAAAUGGGGCCAACCCAAAUGGAUGUACCCAUACAAUCCAACAGUAUUCACCCUUCGAGUACGCAGUCGGAAUUGGAAAUGUGGCGGCCGCCAUGGUGCUACUUGAGCAUGGCGCUACUCGUUCUCGAGAUACUUAA